UUUGGGCAGUUCACGGGGCAGCUGUACAGUGUUGAAAGACCCCGUAAGGCCUAGCUAACACUGGUGGUUGUGAGAAUUGAGAAUUAAGGAGAUACGGUUGUGUGAGUGUUAUUCUAAAGAGUGAUCAGGAACCCAAGGAGGGCAGUAAGAACCGGGUUGUGGAAGUUCCCGUUCUUUGAAUGUAAAAACCUUUACAACAAUUAACUUUUUUUAAGUUGGUUUGUUAAAAUGAAAUGGAGGCGCCAAGUCUAUGGACGGAGAAGUAACGCUAGAAUAACAUUUCUAUCCGAUCAAGGGCUGUGACAACAGAAGAGCACUGUGGUAGCAAGAAACCCUGAGGAUCACCAAAGAGAAGGGAGGCAACUUAAAGCAUCUGGGCUUUCCGGGUUAGCCGAGUACUGGCAGAUUCAUUUGGGUGUAUGCAAAUCCAAAUUUGGGAAAACGAAUAAAAGAAAAUUGGUCACCGGUGUGAGCGAACUCCACAAGGUUUAAAACAACUUCUUAAAGUUGCUAAAUAGCAGUUAAACUAACAGGGCUACUGGAGAGUCAAUGGUCUGUUUUACUGUGUGGAAUUAGAAUACAAACAAAUCAAAAUCAGUUUUGGUGGACUCCUUAUCAACAACGGUGGAUGAGUAUUACAUUUUACAACAGCAUGGAAUACUUUUAUCAGCAAGUCUUGCAGAAGGACGUGUCCCGGCGGCUCCAGGUUGGCCAAGAGCUAAUCGACUACCUGAACGACCCGCAAAGAUCUUCUGAUGUGGAGCAGGAUCGACCACAACUGGAUGCGACCAUAGAUGAGUUAGCGGGCUGGGUAAACUCCAGCAAUUUUAAGGUGACUUUACUGGGGAUCGAUCUUGUAAGUGCAUUUGUAGACCGGCUGUCAGAACGCUUUAAAGGCUACGUAGGAACUGUUCUUCCAGCGCUGAUUGACAGACUGGGCGAUGCCAAAGACCAGGUCCGAGAGCAGUCACUAAAUCUCAUUCUCAAGCUGAUGGACCAAGCUGCUCCACCAAUGUAUGUUUGGGAUCGUUUAUGUACUGGUUUUAAACACAAGAACUUUCGGUGUCGAGAAGGAGUGUGCCUUUGUCUCAUUCAGUCCUUAAAUACGUAUGGAGCUAAACCCUUAACGUUAAACAAGCUGAUGCCAUUCCUGUGCACCUUAUCGGGAGAUUCAAACAGUCAAGUUAGAGAGACGGCAAUAAUGGCAGUAUUGGACAUUUACCGACACGUAGGGGAGAAAGUAAGAAUCGACCUGAGCAAGAGGGGACUUCCAGCUGCACGGUUACAAGCGAUAUUUAACAAGUUUGAUGAAGCACGCAACUCUGGGAAUAUGAUUUUAAGCUGCGUUCCGGAUAAAAGUUUUGAAGAUGACGAGUCCGUGGAUGGGAACAGGCCCUCGUCAGCCCAGCCUGCGUUCAAGGUCCCUGCACCCAAGAAGCCUGGCAAUCCUAGCAGCAGCUCCAGGAAACCAGGCACAGCAACCGGGAAGUUAGGAGGUCUGUCAAAGGAGGGAGCUGGGGUAAUUGAUGAAGAUGACUUUAUCAAGGCCUUCACUGACGUCCCUGCAGUUCAGAUUUAUUCCGCCAGAGACCUGGAGGACAAUCUUAACAAAAUCCGGGAAAUCCUUUCAGACGACAAGCAUGACUGGGAUCAGAGAGCCACUGCGCUCAGGAAGUUCCGUUCGUUGUUGAUUGCCGGGGCUGCAGACUAUGACUGUUUUUACCAGCAUCUGCGAUUGUUGGAUGGAGCGUUUAAACUGUCAGCCAAGGACCUGCGCUCCCAGGUGGUUAGGGAAGCCUGCAUCACUGUCGCAUAUCUUUCCUUUGUGCUGGGAAACAAGUAUGACCAUGGGGCAGAAGCCAUUGUGCCUGUUUUGUUCAAUCUGAUUCCCAACUGUGCCAAGGUUAUGGCAACGUCUGGUGUGUCAGCAAUCAGAUUCAUCAUACGGCAUACCCAUGUUCCAAGGUUGAUUCCUCUAAUAACCAGUAACUGUACAUCUAAAUCAGUUGCAGUCAGAAGGCGAGGCUAUGAUUUCCUUUAUUUGUUACUACAGGAGUGGCAAACACAUUCCUUAGAAAGACAUGUUGCUGUUCUGGUGGAAAGCAUUAAGAAAGGGAUCCGUGAUGCUGAUGCCGAGGCCAGAGUGGAAGCAAGAAAGGCUUACUGGGGUUUGCGGAAUCACUUCCCAGCAGAGACGGAGGCCCUGUAUAACUCACUGGAGCCAUCCUACCAAAGGACCCUGCAGUCCUGCCUGAAGAGCUCUGGCAGCGUGGCCUCACUCCCCCAGUCCGACCGCUCCUCCUCCAGCUCGCAGGAGAGCCUCAACCGUCCUUUAUCCAAAUGGUCAGUACCGGGAGCCUCCGUUGCACCAGGAAGAGUACAUUCAAGUAUGAAGGUGGCCCCGAGCCCAGGAUCCCUGCAGCGGUCAAGGAGUGACAUCGAUGUCAACGCGGCGGCCAGUGCCAAAUCUCGACAGGCAGGUGGAGCAGGCCGCUCAACAGCCUCGGGCCUCCCACCAGGCUCCUAUGCCUCCUUAGAUGACGCACCUGAAAAAACAGAGGGAGCUGCAUCAGAGGAUGGUCGGGUUCGCUCAAAGCUGUCAGCAGCCUCUGGUGGGAUUGGAAGCAGUCAGGUAGACUCUCGGGGACGCAGCCGGACAAAAGUGGUUUCUCAGUCUCAACGUUCAGAAUUGCCAGAAAGUAACCCAGGAUCACAGUCAGCUAACCCCAUUGGUGCUGGCAGUCGCUCUGGCUCCCCUGGCAGAGUUCUGACCAGCACAGCACUCAGUACCAUGAGCAGCGGAGUCCAGAGAGUGCUGGUCAGUGCGGGCUCCGCACAGAAGCGCAGCAAGAUCCCUCGCAGUCAGGGCUGCAGCAGAGACUCCAGCCCAACACGUCUGUCCGUAGCACCGUCAAGUCAUCAGCAAGUCUUCAAUGGCGGAAGUAGAGGAGCGCGAGGCAGCCGCAUUCCUCGUCCUAGUAUGAGUCAGGGCUGUAGCCGGGAGGCCAGCCGAGAAAGCAGCAGGGACGCAAGCCCUGUCCGCUCUUUCCAGCCCCUUGUUUCCAGACACCACUCCAGGUCCACAGGUGCCCUCUACACAGCUGAUGUUUUGGGGGCUGCAGGUUCUGGGUAUGGAAUCAGUCAGUCAAGCAGACUGUCCUCCUCGGUGAGCGCCAUGAGGGUUCUCAACACAGGCUCUGAUGUGGAGGAGGCGCUAGCAGAUGCAUUGCUGUUAGGAGACAUAAGGAGCAAGAAGAAGUCUGCAAGGAGGAGAUAUGAAACCUAUGGAAUGUACUCUGAUGACGAUGCCAACAGUGACGCAUCCAGUGCCUGUUCAGAGCGUUCCUACAGCUCCCGCAACGGUAGUAUCCCCACCUACAUGCGGCAGACUGAAGACGUGGCAGAGGUCCUGAACCGCUGUGCCAGCUCCAACUGGUCUGAGAGGAAGGAGGGACUAUUGGGACUGCAGAACCUGCUAAAGAACCAGAGAAUGCUGAGCCGUGUUGAAUUGAAAAGACUGUGUGAAAUCUUCACUAGAAUGUUUGCAGACCCGCACAGCAAGGUGUUCAGUAUGUUUCUUGAAACACUGGUAGACUUUAUUCAUGUCCACAAAGAGGACCUGCAGGACUGGCUGUUCGUAUUGCUAACACAGCUUCUGAAGAAAAUGGGUGCAGACUUGCUUGGCUCUGUGCAGGCUAAGGUCCAAAAAGCACUUGAUAUUACGAGGGAGUCGUUUCCAAAUGAUCUCCAGUUUAACAUUUUGAUGCGAUUCACAGUGGACCAGACUCAGACACCGAAUUUGAAGCCUGCCAGGAAACCUUACAGGUACGGGGCAGCUAUAAAAUUGCUUCCCCACUGCCACAGAAAAACAACGCGCCAUACUUGCUCACUGCAGGAGCAAAUCCAAGUGUGGAACCAAGCAGCACAGGUGAAAGUUGCGAUACUGAAGUACAUUGAGACGCUGGCUAUGCAGAUGGAUCCCGGGGACUUUGUUAACUCCAGUGAAACCCGACUGGCCGUCUCGCGAAUCAUCACCUGGACUACUGAGCCCAAGAGUUCUGACGUCAGGAAGUGUUCAGGCAGCGUUACCAUGGACGUCGCAGAACCCCAAAAAACAAAUAUUGAGGACGGCGGGGGGGCAUCUGCAUAUAAAGCAGCGCAGGUUGUGUUGAUUUCUUUGUUCCAACUGAACACCCCAGAAUUCACUAUGCUGCUCGGAGCUUUACCAAAAACUUUCCAGGAUGGCGCAACCAAACUUCUUCAGAACCAUCUUCGGAACAGCGGAAACACUGCCCAGGCUCCCACAGGUAGCCCAUUAACUCGACCUACACCACGCUCCCCAGCCAGCUGGUCCAGUCCCCUCACCUCUCCGACAAACAUGUCUCAGAACACCUUGUCACCAAGUGCAUUUGACUAUGAUACAGAAAACAUGAACUCAGAAGACAUCUACAGCUCUCUCCGUGGAGUGACAGAAGCCAUUCAGAACUUCAGCUUUCGCAGUCAGGAAGACAUGAACGAGCCGGUCAAAAGGGACUUGAAAAAAGACGUCGACGGAGAAGCUGGUGGGAUGGGAAGUGCCCUUCCUGACUUGCGAGGUGGUGGUGACGCUCCAGACACAGGCCGUACUGCCCUGGACAACAAGACUUCACUCCUCAACACCAUGCCUUUAAUGCACUCCAGCCCACGCUCCCGGGAUUACAACCCCUUCAACUACUCUGACUCUUUUAGCAAGUGUACCCUGAAGGAGGCCAUGCUUGACGACGAUGCAGAGCAGUUUCCAGAAGACAGUAAUCUGGACCAGUCAGAGCUGGUGGCAGAGCUGUUGAAAGAGCUGUCCAAUCACAAUGAACGCGUGGAGGAGCGGAAGACGGCCCUGUGUGAACUCAUGAAGCUCAUCCGGGACAACCUGCUUGUGGUGUGGGACGAACACUUCAAAACGAUCCUCCUGCUGCUGCUGGAGACGCUUGGGGACAGAGAGCACGCUAUCAGAGCCUUGGCUUUGCGAGUGUUGAAAGAAAUCCUCAACAGACAGCCAGCGAGAUUCAAGAACUACGCAGAGCUGACCAUCAUGAAGACUCUAGAGGCACAUAAAGAUCCACAAAAGGAGGUGGUACGAGCUGCUGAAGAAGCCGCUUCGAUGCUGGCGACAUCCAUCAGUCCAGAUCAGUGUGUAAAAGUGCUCUGCCCCAUCAUCCAGACAGCAGACUACCCCAUAAACCUGGCUGCUAUCAAGAUGCAAACGAAAGUCAUUGACAGAGUCUCGAGAGAGACCUUAAACCAGCUCCUCCCAGAGAUCGUCCCAGGUCUAGUACAGGGCUACGACAAUUCAGAGAGCAGUGUUCGCAAGGCCUGCGUGUUCUGUCUGGUUGCUAUCCAUGCAAUCAUUGGUGAAGAGCUUAAACCCCAUCUCGGCCAGCUCACUGGCAGCAAGUUGAAAUUGUUGAACCUGUACAUUAAGAGAGCACAGACAGGGAGUGGUGGCAGCGACCCGACGUCUGACAUCUCCGGCCAGAGCUAGUGAAGACCAGCACCAGCAACUGGAUCAGCAGGGGGAAAGGAGAGACAGGCACAUAACAUGAAGAGAAAUCAUUUAAAACACAUCCUUGCCCAUUUAGUUAUUGUUUUCAGUUACAUUACUGGAUGGCUUUCCCUCAAGCCUGCAUGUUAACUGUUGCACUAAAAGUUAUUUUGAAACAGAGGGGGAUUACAGUAUUAGUUUCAAAUGAUCAAGGUAAAUGGAGAUUAACAGGAAAUAAAAAAACAACUUUAAAUCUGCUCAUUAAAUCCUGUUCACUUUUUUUUUUCCUAUGGGUCUUCCCUUUUAACUUUUACCAGUAUUACAAUUUUAUAAAUAAAGGGUAAUAAUGAAAAUAAAGGAAUGAUUUAAGCUUAAAAAAAAGGUUAAGAAAAUGUUGCUUUAUCCGGCUGCAUUUCAAGUCUCCUAUUUUUAAAGUGGUUCACUUUAAAAGUAAAAAAAAAAAAAAAAACACAGAUACAAAAGUUAUCAUUGCUGUAGUAACUACUAGAAGACAGAGUAGAACCAGGCUUCACCACUGGAAUUAAUGGCACAUGCUCUUUAGGAGGGAAGGAGGGAUUAGAAAAUAUUGAUUGGUGACAUGAUCAGCCAGUUCACUUUUAUUCCCAAAACAAGAAUGUGUUGAUUCAAAAGUUUAGGGGAGAUACUACAAGCUAUCAGUUCAGGUAGUAGUCCGUCACUGGAUUAGUAGUAAUCGGUUUUGGUAAGAGUCAGUGCCUAUUUUGGCAGAAACAGGGACACUAUCAUUAGUUCUUUUGAAUGGUUUAUUGGUAUCAUAGUAUGGCAGUCCUUCAAAUUUCACCUAAUCUCACAGAGCCUCUUCAGGUUAGAGAUGUGCUGAGUGAAUAUUUAAAUAAUCGAGCACAAUUUUCGAGUAAUCUGUUAAUUCCAACUAAUUUCAUGUAUUUCAUUUUUUAUUUAAUAAUGCAGAAAAAAAUUAUAAAUAAAACAAAAGGUACCCCCACUAUAUACUAGAUGAUAUUCUGUAAUCUUAUCUCUCCAGUACUGGUUUGGUUAUCUUAUUUUGUUGAUGGUCUAUAUCUAAAUAGCAUUUUAUUGAUCAGAAAAUGCUUUCUCUCAUAACUGAGAUGGUUAGCUUGUAAUAUGCAGAAAUAACUACAGUAGAUACUAUUCACUUAAAAUUAACAAGUCUGUACUCUAGGUCUAUUCUGAGCGUUACAAAAAUAAAUAACCAUUUCUUAAGGGAGCCAAAUAAAGUCAUACUUUUUCUGACAAAACUUGUUUCUUGAAAGAACUGUGCUCACUAUUCGCUGUGGCAGUUUAAUUGUGAUAUGGGUGUCGCUGUUGUCACAUGAACACAUUUCAACAUAAGCAAACAUAAGUUGUAACACAAAUUAGUUAACAAACACACAUUAUGCCAGGUUACUAUGUAAAAGCACCUGCAUAUCAACAUGGUCAGGGCUAAGCCUGUUGUUGUUGUUGUUGUUGUUGUUGUUGUGGGGGGUGGGGGGGUGUUAACAACUAAAAUGUAGUUUACAAUGAUGCAGUAGUCCUGGUUUGAAACAUCUAGCCUAGCUGCCUUAAGCCAGUAUACCAGCAUUGCAAUAGAAGCUAACCAUCUCCCAAUCCCCAAUCAUGUCUUAACUGUUUUUCUUUUUUUAAAACUACAACUAUACUUAUGUCAAAAGUUAUAGUACUACUGCUAUUUAUGGAAUAUUUUUUAAGAUAAAAAAACUACAUAAGACCUAAUCAGAACUAGAAUAAAACCAAAAACUAUAUACCUGACAAGUAUACAACUGGACUUCAUUUUCAUACGGGACAACAGAGUGGCACUGAUAAUUAGGUAUUAGUUGUUCUCUGACUAAUUUAAAAUUUGAAAUGUAAUUCUGAUUUAUUAGAACUUAUUUUUAAUUUGUGUAAAUGGUUUUAAAUGACAUUUUAACAUCUUAACUUGUUUGAUGACUGUGGUCAUUUAGUUCAGAGCUUUGUUGUCCAUAACUGAGUCUUAGAAAAACAUUUGUAAGCUGAAUUUACCAAUAUGUGACCGGAAUGUCACUUUCUGAUCAGAAAAGGACAUAUGAUGCUUUGUCUUUGAACUUGCUCCAGUGGCCAAACCUCAUGAAAUAGUUUGGAAUUAGUAAGUAAAAGAAACUGAAUACAUCACUGGUCAGAUGUGAUACCCCCUCUCCACUGCCACAUCUGACCCGUGAGGGCUCAGUAGGGUAUGGGUACGGGUGGUUCUCCACUGGCUAUUUGUCGAGCUGAGCGAGAACCAAACCGUUGAACUCCAGCCUCACAAGACAUCUGAAUCUGGGUCGGAGCCAAGCCGGGCCAGGGGCGGGGUUAAGGACUUUCAUCACUACAUUGCAUCAGUCAAUACACACCAGAAAGAGGAGUAGCAUGGCGGGGCAGCGAGUGAUGACGAGAGAAAAGUACAGCCUUGGGACGCUGAGGAAGUGCAGGUUCUAGUUUCUCUGUGGGCAGAUAGAAGUGCUCAGGAUGAUCUGCAGUCUUGCGUCAGAAAUGAGAAAGUUUAUGACCGAAUUUCUGACGAUUUGAAGCAAAUGGACAUAAACCGUGUGUACAGUACAUGCAAGUCACACACUCAAAAAUAAAAAAUUCUACCAAAUUUCUCAUCCUUGACAUUUAUGCUAUUAAUACAAAUUUUAAAAAAAAAUGCGGAAAAUAAAACAAUUCUAAACUUUUUUUACAAAAAUAAUAGUAAAACAAAAUACAGCUGUACAGUUAUAAUACAUACAACUACAGCUCUUGUUGCUCUUGCGCAGCUUCUUUUUUUAAGCACAAACAAAAAACAACUAGAGAAAACAACUGUCCUCCUUAAACGGGAUAUCUUUGGCAAAUCUAUUUUAAACCCAUUUUUGAGCUUUUGAAAAUGUAUACUAAAAGUUAAAUGAACGGUCUGUACACCCUGUCGUAAGACCACAGCCUGAAUUAACCCUGAAAUGCAUGCUGCGGUAACGCUGUUACAUUUCCCCCCCCUCCUUGCACAUAGAUAAACGAUGAAUGGGUUUACAAAAUCCCAAUAACAAACAAACAAUUUAGUAAAUAGGGUUUAAUACUCCAUAAACUAAAAAUAGUGCUACAAAUUCAACAAUGAUAUGGCUGGUGCAGCGUUUUAUAAAAAAUAAAAAAGUGUCUCACGGCGUCGUCUGAGCUAAAAUACAGUCCUGGCUUUCCGUAGUUAUCGACUUACAGUAGGGUGGGCAAAAGUAAUUUCAGAUUUUAACUAUCAAAAAAUCAAAUUGACUUUUGUAAACAGUUUUCAUCAAACUUAAAUAUAUCUGAAAUAAAAAAAAAAACCCCAAAAAAUAUUUUAAUCGUGUAAGAAAUACUUUUUUACACACCAAACCUCGCUUUAACGUUCAUCCAGCGGCCAUCUUGGAAUUUAUUUUUUAAGUCUGUCGACUUUGAGCUUUCGUAAUUAAAAUUGGAAACAUAUUUAUAGAUCAAUUAUUGAUGAGACCAACAGGACCACUGCAUACUCCUGGUAGGCCAAAUAAUCCACAACUGCAUGGCAAAUAAGUACUAGUUACAGAAUAUGUUUGUUUGAAUGACUUAAGUCUUUAUUAAAAUGUGUUAUUACCACAUGCCUUUGAGUGAUAAAUAAUAAAAGGCAUUUACACGCCAUGUGUGUACAUUGGUAUCAUCAUCAGGUGGCGCUUCAAUGUAAGAUCUGUAGCCAUAGUGUGUCACAUCACCAUUCUUAGUAAUAUGUACAGUAGCCGCAUGCGUGUUAUUGUUGCAGCUGCUGUAGCCGUAUUAAUAAAAUACCCCUUAUCCUUCCGGAGAAUAAUGACGUAUUUUCGAGUCAUGCGACACCGACGGAAAAAAAUAAUUCUUAAUAUGUACAGCAGCCGUACACAUAGCAACUGCCUAAAAAAAGACAGUGUGUUAUGUGCACUCGUUGCAAUGAAAACACGUUUGAUAACACAACGCUAGUAAAAGUUUAAUAUUAGUCUAAUACUUGGUGUUAACACUUACAGGAUAACGUGGCUCCUAAUGUUGUUGUUUUGGUUUUUUUUUUUAAUAUUUUAUUCGGCUGUUUAAAAUGACAGGCGCGUAGCUUACUGUGCUUUAUUCAAUAACAUUGUAAGAGCGAAUUUUUAUAGUUUAUUUUAAGGUUUCAUAUGCUAAAAUAAACACGUAAUUCCUGUUGCCAUCAAAAUUAAAAACUAUUUGCCCAAAACAGCAUCAUAUUAUUAUAUAUAUAUAUAUAUAUAUAUAUAUAUAUAUAUAUAUAUAUAUAUAUAUAUAUAUAUAUAUAAUCGACUUAUCUUAUAAAUAUUACUUUACAGACGCUGCACUGAACAUGCGGAUCUUCUGGCUGCCCAAAGAAAUCCCACACUGUUGUGUGUCUGGCGGUUCUUAUUGGCACUGGGACUCUCACUUGCAUUACUCUCGGCGCUCCUUUUCUUUCCCGGUCCUCUUUUAACUGUGUUAUGAUUUUCUCUAUUGAUAUCGGUCAUUUCCCAACGACAUUCUGCAUCAAUAUCAGAAUUUUCCUUUUGUUCUUUUGCUUGGUGGUUUUCUAUUAUUUUGGUUUUUUUGUUGACAAUAUUUGCCACGUGCAUCCCCCAUGUUGGAAUGCAUGUGUAGAGUUCUCGAGUACCAAAAAGAUCUUCGAUAUCUUAAAAUAACCGCGGGUAACUCGAUAAUUAUCCCAUACAUGCCAACAGUCCCUAUAUGAGCAGGACAGUCCCGAUUUCAUAGCAAAUGUCCCGCGUCCCAAUGCAUAGGAAGAAAGUCCUGAUAUUUACACAUAGAAAAAAAAUCAUUUAUUCUGCACAGUAGAGUUAGUGAAAACCACACAUUGUGAUAGUGUGUUUUUUGGGUAUGACCCUUCCCCACCCUCCAGGAGACCAGCGUCCCGCUGAAAAGUUUCCAAAUGUUGGCAAGUAUGUUAUCUCAGCACUACUUCAGGUACAGACCCAACCAAAGAAAUGGUGGAAUUGAGAGGGGUGGCAGGGGAGUCCAGUGGUGGUCUGAUCAUGAUAUAUUAUGUUAUUACUAGUUGUUGAUUGUUUGUUUCUAAUUGCGAAGUACUGUACAUGAAAUUUGAGUUGCCCAACCAACAGCAUACAGUAGAAUUACCAUCCAGGCAAUGCUUAAUACAAAAGGGAAUUGAGAGACUAGCUAUAAAAAGAGCAGUCUUGUGUGUUGUGCUCUUCCUCUCCAUGACUUGAUCUUUUGGUUUAACUAUUAUUCUGUUUGAAUCCUUGUGAUCUAUAACCUCAAACUUCAAGACUUUUACCCAACUUGCUUCUAUGCUUUUAAACCCCUCUUUUUCUCUUAGUUAAUGUUUGUUAACAGUGAGCCAAGAUGCUACUUUUGCGCUUAAUGUCAUUUCCGUUAUAGGGGGGUGAUUCUGAUGGUGUAUAAGUGGAGCCGGAUAUUGGCAUUAUUAUUAUUAUUAUUAUUAUUAUUAUUAUUAUUAUUAUUAUUAUUAUUAUUAUUAUUAUUAUUCUUUUUUGUAAAAAAAAAAUAAAUAAAUUAAAAUAGAACAAAAAAAGUUAGUGUGUCAAGUGAG